GGGGCUACAGGGAGACCCUAUCUCAAAAAGAUACUCCCCCCAAAAAACCCCAAAAGCAGGAGGAUGAGGUCCCUGGUUUUCCUUUGGUGGCAGCUUUCUUGAGUUCAGGGAAGGAAGCAUGUGAGAAUGACCCGGCCCCUGGAGCAGGCAAUAGCUGCCAUCGUGUGCACUUUCCAGGAGUAUGCGGGGCGCUGUGGGGACAAGUACAAGAUCUGCCAGUCGGAACUCAAGGAGCUGCUGCAGAAGGAGCUGCCCACCUGGACCCCGAGUGAGUUUCGAGAGUGUGACUACAAUAAAUUCAUGAGUGUUCUGGACACCAACAAGGACUGCGAGGUGGACUUUGAGGAAUACGUGCGUUCACUUGCCAGCCUCUGUCUCUACUGCCACGAAUACUUCAAGGAGUGCCCCCCAGAGCCCCCUUGCCCCCAGUAGCUUCUGUUCCAGAGGGUCAUGCCAACCCGGAGGGGCAGGGUCUGCUUCAGUGUUCCAUCUCUGCCCCUGAGGUGGUCCUGGGCGUUUAUCCCUACCCCAUUCUCCAGCAGCCCUUUCAAUCUGGAUGCUCCGCGUUUGCCCCUGAUGCAAUAACCCCCACGAGGUUUAGAGGCCUUCCUAGGGAUGCCUAGCUAGUGAGAAGUGGAACAGCAGCCACCUCUGCUGUCUCUGCUUAGAUGGGGUGGGGGCAUGUCUCUGCUCUCACCUUGGAUGCUCAGUUGUAUGUGCACAAUUGGGACCACUAUUCAACUCCUAAUAAAGA